AUGAACGAGUCCUCCAAGUGGCGCCUCAUGCUCGGUAUGCAGGGGAAGAAGAAAAAGUGGCGGCAGCCGGAAACGGCACCGGCGUCUUCGGGAAGAGUUGACCCCGAGGACCUAACCCUCAACGAGCGUCGUCGUCAAAUGAACGCUGAAUCGGCGCGUGCCGAAGCGGCUGCUACUGGACAGUCUCCCAGCCGAGGUAUGCCUACCGAGGGUACCUCCUCCAAAGCUGCCGGCAGAAGGCCAUUCACAGUCGAUCAGGAGGCCGAUCUCGCUCCAAAGCGCGGGCGACAGGCCGAGCCUGCUAGGGCCAUCUUUGCUGCCGAGGACGACGAGGCGCCUCCCGAAGCUGUCACUCUGGCCUGUCCUUUGAAGACGGUCCAAUUUGUGAACCACAUGAUCCUUGGUUCACAAAUGGAGCUAUCUGAUAUCGAGGACCUGCCGAAGAAGCUCCUUCGGGAGGAGGCUGGCCGCGCUUUCCGUCUUCAAGCUUCGGCUUUGAUGGACAUGUGGCUGUGCGUCAAGGCGAAGGUUGCCGAGUCUGGCAAGGCUAUCCAACCUCAGGCGAACUUGGCGAAGGACAUGCAGGCUGCCGAACGGCAGGUUAAAGCUUAUCAAGCCAAGCUCGGUGAGAUGUCGGCACCUUUGGAGUCGGCGCAGCUAGCGGCAAAAGGAGGCUCUGGAGUCGAAGGAGGCGAUCCAGGUGGCAUUUGA